AUGACUGAAAUCUCCGAUAAAGACGCCCCUUCAGUGGCUGCAAGCCAAGCACGAGCCAACGGUGACAGCGAUAGCGUCCAUGCCGUCCCUGCCAGCGCCCCCAAGCUUCCAGAUCGAUACGCCGACGAGAGCUUCAGGCUCUUCAGCGAGGUCAAGGUUACGGAUCCCACGCCGGAAGAAGCCGUCAGCAUUCGCAACAAGCUGAUAUGGCGUAUCCUUCCCUUUCUAUGCAUCGGAUACCAUCUCAUGUUCUUGGACAAGCAAACGCUCGGCAGCUCGGCAAUCCUGGGGAUACUCAAAGAUGCUCACCUCAGCGCCAACCAGUACAACUGGCUAUCAUCCAUCUUUUAUUUCGGAUACAUGAUCGCCGAGUUUCCUCAAAACUGGGCCCUGCAAAGGUUUCCGGUCGCGAAGUGGCUCGCAGCAAACCUCGUCAUCUGGGGCGGCAUAACACUCCUUCAUAUUCCUUGUCGAAACUUUGCCUCGCUCUUUGUCGUGCGCUUCCUCCUGGGACUGUCCGAGGCCUGCAUCGUGCCGGCGUUUCUUCUCAUCAUGUCCAUGUUCUUCACGUAUCAAGAGCAGGCCGUUUUGAUGCCCAUCAUGUGGUCGGUCGGUAACGGGAGCCCAAUCGCUUCUGGUCUGCUUUCAUACGGCGUUUUGCAUAUCCACACCAACCAGUUUGCGCCGUGGCAGUGGCUCAUGUUUUUAUGUGGCGCGGUGACCAUCUUAUUUGGCGUGUUUGUAUACCUGUUGCUCCCCGACAGCCCUCUGUAUGCUCACUUCCUGACACCUGAGGAGCGCGCCAAGGCCAUCCUUCGAAUCAAGGAGAACCAUUCCGGCAUUGAGCAGAAGCGCUUCAAGAGGGAGCAAUUCAUCGAGGCCAUCAAGGACCCCAAGACAUGGCUCUUCACAGCGCACGCCCUCACGCAGGAAAUGGCCAACGGCACCACGAACCAGUAUUCUCUCCUCAUCAACUCCUUCGGCUUCACGGUCCUGCAGACGACCCUCCUCGGUGCCGUCCUCGGAGCGUUCAACUUUACCUGCCUCGCCCUCGCCGCCGUCGCGCUCCGCUACACCACCAACAGCCGCGCCUGGAUCUCCCUCUUCGCCUAUAUUCCCACCGCUCUCUCCAGCGUCCUCCUGCUGAGCCUGCCGUCGCGCAACCGCUGGGGGCUCAUUACCGGCAUCUGGAUCCGCUCCGCCACCGGCGUGCCGUACGCCGUGGUCAUGAUCUGGGCGGCCAACGCCUCGGCCGGCCACACCAAGAAGACGACCGUCAUCGCCCUGUACCACGCCGCGUACGGCCUCGGCAACAUCAUCUCGCCGCAGCUCUUCCGCCCGCAGUGGAAGCCGCGCUACCGCCCGACCUGGAUCAUCCUCCUGGUCGUCGCCGCCAUUGUCCCCGCCAUCAUCGUCCUGGUCCUUCGCAUCUACCUCGACCGGGAGAAUAAGCGCCGCGACAGGAUCGAGCGGGAGAAUCUGGUCGACGACAGCGGCGUUGUUGAGACGGUCAAUGCGGACGGCACCACCGAGAGCCGAGUUGUGGACAGGAAUCAGCUUGACUUGACUGAUAGACAAAACUUGAAAUUCCGCUAUGUUUUAUAG